UAUAAAUACUACCGAAUCUGUCGACGCUGGAAAAUCAUAAAAGUAUUUCUUGAAUUAAAUAUCGACAAAACAUUUUAAACAUGGAGUGGACUCCGAUGGAAAUCAACCCUGAGGUGCUGAACAAGUUGAUGAGUAAAGUCGGCGUGGGCGAGGGCUGGCGUUUCGUGGACGUCCUCGGCUUGGAGGCCGAGCAGCUGUCCGCCGUCCCAAAGCCGUGUUGUGCCCUCAUGCUGCUCUUCCCAAUCACUAAAGAGCAUGACUCUUUCAGACAAAAGCAGGCAGACAAAGUGAUGCGGGGCUCGGAUGCUUACUUUCUGAAGCAGACCGCCACCAAUUCCUGUGGCACCAUCGCCCUGUUGCACGCGCUGGGAAACAACCAAAGCAAACUUACCUUUGAGAGUGCUUCCGUGCUGAAGAAAUUUCUGGAUGAAACUGCCAAGAUGUCUGCUGAUGACCGUGCCAAACAUCUGGACAAGAACAAGGCUAUCCAUGAUGCUCACAAUGAGGUUGCUGCUCAGGGACAGUGUAGGCCCGAAGCCGAUAAGGUCAACUUCCACUUCAUUGCCUUUGUCAAUGUGAACGGACAGCUUCUUGAAUUUGACGGGAAGAUGAACGGCCCCCUGAACCACGGCGCCACCAAAGAUGAGACCCUUGUAACGGAUGCUGCCAAAGUGUGCCGAGGCUUUGUGGAGCGAGGACUAGGCGAAGUUCGCUUCUCCGCUGUGGCUCUGUGUCGUGGUUAAAUUCUCUCCCAGGACUAAAUGUCAACCACAAACACAUUUAUCAGCAUUUUUGGGGCACUGUCAAGCAAGUAUUGUGUUCACUCAGCACACACGUAUUCUGUAGGUUAUACACUUCAUAUCGCAAACUUUUAGCACAACUGUUUCUAGACGAGAGCAGAAAGCGUUUGCAAUUGUCUCCUCCUCAGAUGUGAACAAACAGAUUCCGCUGCCGCUUUUUUUUUUUUUGAACAAGCACUUGUCUUUGUACGUAUUUGUUACGCUUUGAAUGCUUUGCGGACCAUUGAGAACGCAAAUGGGCGCUGUGUGAAAGGAAAAAAAAAACUUUUGGGACCGUUUAGAUGCCUCUCGCUGCUAAUUGGUUGAUGUGACGCUCCUCACAGCCUCAAUGUAGCUUUAAAAAUGCAUUUGUUCACAUAGUGGACCGCAUUUGAAGAGUGCAAUGUAGUUGAUUUGCUUUACUUUGCACAGUUAGGUGUGAUGCGGUGUUUAUUGCACUGAUGGUGUGGCUGUUACUGACACAAAUAAAGUGCUUUUGAUUUGUGA